AUGAAAGAACCUGAGAAAAUCAUGAAAAAGAAUAUCUUAAAUGGCCAAAUUAAAUACUAAGUUAAAUGGAAAGGAUUUGAAGAAACCACUUGGGAAUCAGAUGAUACUAUGAAAAAAUAUAAAGAACUUAUUGAAGAUUAUAAUUAUUAUUCAUUAACAGGUGAAAGAUAUGAUGAAAAAAAAUUAGAAGAAAUUAGAUAAUUAACUGUUUAAUCAUAACCUAGAACUGCUAUUAAAAGAGUAGCUAUACCUAAAUUAACUCUUCCAAAUGAAGUAAAUAAAAAAGAUAAAAAAAUUGAUAAAAUUGAUACCAAACUUAUUGAAAUUAUUGACAAUCCUAAAUACUCUUAAAUUAAUAAUGAUCAAUAAUAAUAAGAUAAAACUUAAUUUAAUAACAUUUAAAUAGUCAAUCAUAAUAUCAAUCUCCCAGAAAUAUCUAAGUAUUUAUAUAUAAUUAAUAAAUUAAGAAAAGCACCAGAAAAAUUAGCAAACUCUAAUGAUAAAUUAGAAACUAUUAAAUUGUAGGCUAACGAAAAUAAAGGACUUUUUUCUCUUAUUUGGAAAUAAAGAUCUGAUAGUAUUCGGCCUUAUUCUGAUGAAUACACUUAUGAAGAUUUCAAAAAUUAAGCUCCCUUGUUUUUUAUUUAGUUUUUUGAAACCUGUAUUUUUGAAUGUCAAAGCUAAAAUGAUAUUAAGUAAUUAUUUUUAUUUAUUUAGGUUUGAAAUUCAAGGCUAAGAUAUUGCUGAAAGGAUUAAAGUCAUUAAAGAUAUUUUAGAAAAAAGAGAUUCGGAUAAAAAAAUUAACCAAACACAUAAAUGA